GUCAGAGAUAAUUUCACAUUCAUCCUUGGUUUUCAGGCUCUCAGUUGUCAUUCACAGAUAGUUCCUGCUGCUUUCAGUCUUUUUGCGGGUUUUUGUCUUUUAGGUUUGCCUUUAUUUUUCACCAUGGCUAAAACAUUGAUUGGAAUAUUCAGCCUUUUCAUUGUUGUUGCCAUUUUUGUUAUACCAAUUUCAACAGCAACAACCGCAUUAAGUGACACAUCACCAACAGACACAGCAACUACACCAUCUCCAACAGACACAGCAACUACACCAUCUCCAACAGACACAGCAGCUACAUCCUCUCCAACAGACACAGCAGCUACACCAUCUCCAUCAAACACAGCAGCUACACCAUCUCCAACAAGCAUCGCAAUUACACCAUCUCCAACAACAGCCACAACAGAUUCGAAAGCUACAGGACCAACUACACAAGCGGGAACCCCACCAACAGUGGGUUCAAGUAAUCCACCGGUCACCGGAACUUUGCCAACGAAGGAUCCGAACGCUACCUCCAAAUCACCAGCUCCUGCGACUACAAAUCCUCCAGGUGCGUGUGCAUCAAACCCAUGUCUCGGGGGAAGCACCUGUCAACAAAAUGGCAAUGAGGACUUUAUAUGCCUCUGUCUGGCUGGGGAUGUCUACACUAACCAAAAGUGUCAAAAGGCCAAAGUUUUCCCUGGACAGAUUAACUUGGACCAACAAUUUGAGGAAAACAUGAGUGACAAAACAUCAAAGGAAUUUCAAGAGACUUCAAAGUCUAUUACCGAUCAGCUGGACAAAGGGUUCAGUGGUACCAGGAUACACCAAAUCGUUGGUGCUGGAGCUCCGGGAAUCAAAACAAAGCAAAGCAAGGACAGGAAGCACCAUGAGGCAUCCGUGCAAGUCAUCUUUGAACCGACUGCUGAAAUGACAGAGGAAAUUUUAACACAAACAAUGAAAGACAAGGUUGUCUGCGACACAUGUCCUCUAAAAGGAACCUAUAGUAAAAAAAUCCUUUGUGAAUCCAAUCCUUGUGACAUUCACUCUACAACGUGCAAUUCUGCGGAUGGGGAUUUCACAUGCGACUGUAAAGGUGGCUUCUUUCCAUCACCGUUCAGUGACAGAGUAUGCACUGCAUGUCCCCCUGGUCAAAAAUAUGACGGCUCCAAAUGUGUAAACUGUGGCUUUGGCCUUUCUGGUGCAGACUGCAAGGAUAACGUGACGUUGAUCCUUGUCAUCGUUGCCUCCAUCCUCGGAGGUCUUCUCCUCAUCGCGUUGAUCGUGCUGCCUGUAGUAGCAACCAAAUUCAAGAAGAAAAGCUCCAAGAGCAAAGGGGAGGAGAAUGUGAAACCCUACUUUAGCCAUUCUGUUGCCAAGGCACCGCUACCCAGCAGCAACGGCUUCUCCCCCUCAGUCAAAGAGUCAGCAGACGGCCCGGCAGCAAAUUCCUGGGGCCCUCGAUUCCCGCGGGCCGCAACCAGCAACAACUGGGGCAACAGGACCAACCUGGAGAUGACUCCCAGCAACAGCCGACAGAACCUGAUUCCCUCGGGGAAAAACUCGCGGUUCAACGACAGCCAGGAUGACAUGUUCUCAUUCUCUCAGAAUCAAGCCAAGAGCAACCACUACGACCAGGUCCAACCCCAGAUCAACCCCUACAGCCAGGUCCAGCCCCAGAGCAGCCUCUACAGCCAGGUCCAACCCAAGAGCAACCCUUAUACCCAGAACCGAGCCACAAACCCUUACGCUCAGAGCCGAGGCCAGACCAACCCUUACUUUAAUUAAGGAGAUAGGGUUUGGAUCGCUUCAGGGGUUCUGCUGUGCUGUUUUUCCCAAGAUACCGCUCUUUACUGGGAUCCCUUUAUUGUAAAAGAUGGAAACGGGAACCUUUUAGCUGAGAUUUGAAAUGUAAUAUAUCUUGUUGUGUCACAUGUUCUUUUACUACUUUAACUUCUGUUGUGUGACUCAGAUUCAUGCGGUUUAUAAGCUGUCAUAAACCGGUCCUGUUUUUCGCUGCCAGAAUCACAAAAGGUUGUUUCAUAAUUCCUACAGUGUGAGUCAGCAGGUCUCUCUAUUAUCUCAGUUAAUUGAACAUGAAUAUAUAAUUUAUUUAAUGUUUAUUCUGCCUGAGCAGAAACUCCGAGCCGCAAAGCAGCAACAGCAAAAUGAAGAGUUCUUGUCCAGUUGAUUAUAGUUUUUGUUCGUCAAUGAAUUUACUAGUAUUUCUUCUUUUUUUUUUCACUAAGCAUUUUAGGUUUGUAAUGAGCACCAAAGUUAGAUUGAACUAAAUUUUGGUAAAGAAGAUGAGUUGAAAAUCUCUUCGAAUUAAAGAAACUCCAGCAUCUUUAAAUGUGUUUCAAAUAAAGGUGAGACUAUUUAUCUUACAAUGUCAAUAGUUUGGAAUAUUUUUUGCCUUUUUUGCAUCAUUUUAUUUUCUUUGUUGCCUUAUGUAAUGCAGAAUUUAACUCAAAAGCUGCAAAUCAGAGAUAUUUUUUUUUUUUUUUUUUACUUUUAACGGUUAUAUAAAGAAGAUCUUACAGCAUUGGACAUGUAAACACAAUUUAGAUGUUUCUAUUUCUGAUUCAGACAGUUUAGUCAGUACUUUACAUACUCUCCUCAACCCUAAAAGACAUUUUCUUGGUAUUCUUAAUCUGACAGAUGACACUUUAACCAGAAGUGUGAUCUGAUUUAUUGAAUAUGACUGUAAAUUAAGUCUUUUAAUUAUGCAUGAGGCACUUUAACUAUUUCUGUUGAAGGUUGAAAUAUUUAUAUAACUUCUCCAAAAAUGUUUAAAAACAGUAAAUGGGUCAUAAAUCUGAAUAUAUUUUCGAUUAUUUUUUCUCUGACCCAUAUUAAAAGUGAAAUAAGAUGUACA